AUGGAGUCAGGUAAGAUGGUGUACACUGUGAUGGAGACUUUGAUUGGUCUGAUCUGUUGUGUGGGGAACCUGCUGGUGAUCUUGGCUCUUUGGUCCAGCGGGAGCCUGCAGCAGGAGCCCACCUACUGCCUGCUGCUGUCCCUGUGUGUGGCGGAUGCUCUGGUGGGGGCUGUAGCCGUCCCUUUGGCUGUGGUGAUCGACGGGAACUUCACCACCUCCUUCAGCCUGUGUCAGUUUAUCAGCUGUGUGACUGUGCUCCUCACACUGGGCUCUGUGCUCUGCCUCACAGCUAUAGCAGUGGACAGAUACCUCAGGGUUUACAUCCCCAUCAGGUACAAGACGACUGUGACUCAGAGACACUUUUGGUUGGUGGUUGCUGGAUGCUGGCUUGUUGCGGUCCCUCUCAGCUUCGCUCCCAUGUUCGGAUGGUACGACGAGAAAACUUUGGCAGCGUCAAACAACUCCACAAUUCUCUGCCAGUUCAUUGCUGUCAUCCCAAUGUCCUUCCUAGUAUACUUCAAUUUCUUCCUUUGCAAUAUCAUUCCUCUGUCACUGAUGGCCAUCUUGUACUGUGCCAUUUUUUACACCAUUAGAAGCAAACUGAGUUUAAAACCGGGAGAUGUUCUAAAGCAGUCUCAGAAAUACAUGCAUAAAGAGAAAAGGCUUGCUUCUUCUCUCCUCUUAGUUCUGGUUCUGUUUUCUGUGUCUUGGUUACCACUGCAUAUAAUGAACACCAUUGAGUACUUUGCUCCAAUAGCUAUGCCGAUUGAAGCUGUUUAUGUGGGCAUUGUGCUGACACAUGUUAACUCUGCAGCAAACCCAAUAGUCUAUGCAUUGAAAAUACCCAAAAUACGGAAAGCAUGCAAGAAUCUUUGGAUCAAGUGUAUUUCAUGUAAAGAGGGAAUUCAGAUCACAGGCAUUCAGAAUAGCCAGAGUACAGAUAACAAUAUAAAAUAAUCUUUCAAGAUUGACUAUUGACUAAAAGACUAUUUGCUCCCUUCUGAAGAUAAGUUGGAUGCCAUGUGUAGGCCUUUUGACAUCUUUGACGUCUUGUUUUGUGCUAUGUAAGGAAAUUCGCUAUUGCUCUUGAUUGAUGCUGCAGAAUAGUUAUAGUUUUGUGUGCUUGGACUUUUUUGCUGUUAUGAAUGUAGAAAAGAUGUAUUGAUUUAGUAUUGAGUAUUUAAAUAAACCAUUUAAAAAUCUUGUCUCAUUUUCGUGGACCCAGUCUCUUUUCUUGUCUUGUGGAAAUUGUGUUUGAUCCCACCCCUAAUAACUAAAUUGUUUUAACCAAUGUUUUACCAAUGGAAUUAUUAGAGCUAC